GACGCGACUCGAGAUCGUGGAGGCGGUCGACCCGAGAGUAACACUCCGCGGCUUUGGCCUGGCCUGGAUAAUCCAAUGGCGAAAUGCAAAGAGCACCCUUUGGAUGUUCCAAUUGUUGAACAGAAGCUUGGUGGCGGUAUUCGAGUCCACGGCCUGUUGAUAUCCCUAUCAGCAGGAGCAACCAUAGUCGCCUGUUUUGCUACGGCAUAUCUCAUCUUUAGACACGCCAGCAACUACACGAAGCCCAAAGAACAGAAGCAAAUCAUCCGGAUCCUAUUGAUGGUUCCCGUCUACUCCAUCGCCUGCACCCUGAGUAUCAUCUUUUACAAGAAGCAGGUGUACAUCGGAAGCGUCUACGAGUUUUACGAAUCCCUAGUCAUCGCCUCCUUCUUCUUGUUGCUCUGCCAGUUACUGCAUUCCGAUCUGAAUACAUUACGCCGGGUCUUCAACUUGGUGGAACCGAAGAAGUGGCUCAAUCCCACACGGUUCUUCGUCAAACAUGUGGGAAGAAACAAAAAGGGACAAACUGAGGACGGGCUGAAAUGGUUCAACAUUAUUUGGUUCGGAGUCUUCCAGUUCUGUACCGUCAAGUUCUUCGGCGCUCUCACAAAGUGCAUCACGGAAGCGGCCGACGUGUAUUGCAAGGAAUCCAAGGAUCCUAGCCAUGCCAAAAUCUGGGUUAUGGUCAUUGAGAUCUUGUCCCUCGUCACAGCCAUGAUGUGCCUGCUGCAAUUCUACCACCAAACCUCAAAGGAGAUGGCCCAGCAUCGGCCUCUGCUCAAAUUCCUCGCCAUCAAGGUAGUGGUGUUUCUAUUCUACCUUCAGACCGGCAUCUUCGAGUUUCUCACAGGCGACGGCGGCCCAUUGAAACCAACAGCGUACAUCUCGCACCCGUCAUGGGCAGUCGGCAUUCCCAACACACUCCUUUGCUUCGAGAUGGCAGCCGUAUCAAUCCUCCACCUUUAUGCCUACCCCUACUCCAUUUACAGAGACCCAGCGGCACCGCAAAAACCCGGACACAAUGCCGGCGACGAAGAUGGGCAGGGCACAGAUCAGAACUCCGCGACGCGAAUCAUCCCUGUAAGAAGCCGGGAAGUCUGGCCUCAGCAGCCUGAGACUGCGUAUGGAGGGGCAGGAGCAGAAGAGCAGGACGCAUGGGGCGUUUGGGAUGGGGCUGACGGCUCUACUCGGCCUACCGCCGAGACCAGCGUCCCUGCGCGUGGCUUCCAAUGGAGGGCGUUGAAGGAUGCCCUCAACUUUGUGGAUAUUGUCCGGGCUGUUGUGGGAGCGUCGCGGUGGCUGAUCGUCGAGCGACGAAGGGCUGCUCGGGGUUCUGGGGCUGGCGAGAUCCGGAUUCAGAGCGAGAAUGGGAUCGAGUACAUGGAGAGGACCAGAACGGAUGAUUUGUCUGAGGCCCUGAAUAUGGUCAACAGUGAGACGCGAAGGUGAACGACCGGACCAGAAUUAUAUAUCGGGCAGAGUCUAAGGCCGAAGAUACUCUUCAGAGCGGAUCGAAUGAGGAAACGGUGUUGUUCAUUACACGACUUUCGCAUUACAACUUUUUGUCUGGAUCUCAUCUCUCUGUGCUCUAGAUUCCGCUCAAGCGUAAACUUGUCGUUAGAUAGGGUCUUCGAAUUUCAACCCAGUAACGCAGACAAGUCUCGUCAAGGGCAUCCGAUCGCCAUUCACCAUGGACUUGAAGUUCGAGCAAUAUCUCCCAAUACUGUCUUCAUUCUGCUCAUCUCUCAAGUCUUACAUGAGAAGUCCAUGCAGCCCUCAAGGAAUACACCCACUUGCUCCACCGCACGUAAGCCUUCACGCAUCUCGUCUCCCACCUCACUUGAGAGUCCAUAGACCCGUUUCCGAGCGGAUCUGCCAGCCAAGCUUCCUCCCCCACCAAGGAGACACAUGCAAGCUUCAAUUCGCCCAGAUCGUCUAGUUGGUUA